AUGACCUCUACAAAUCUAGAAGUCAUACCUCCAACAGAUUCAGAGGGGAAAGGAGCUACAAGCUUCAAGUCAACAAUUUCGCACCUCAAAUCAUGGAACACCGCAGGGGAAGAGUGGAAAGAGUGGUCGGACUUCCAGAGGUUGGACUACAUGAAGGAAAUCUACGAGUACAUCAUGAGCUCUAUCGGGUUUGCUGCGGAUCUACUCCGAAGUCAAGCAUCAUAUGGUGAUAUCCAUGAUUUAAAUCUCUCGAGACUUAGCGCCAUGCGAAAAGCAGAGAAACUUCCAGGGCUGGUGCAAAAUAUCAAGGGAAUCUCGUCUACGAUCUGCUACAGCUAUAAUGCGAGGACUCGUCCGAGGUGCUGGGAGGGGUUCGAGGAAAUCCUUAAGUUCAAAUUCGAACCACAUUGGAAAAAGAUGGAUGACCCAUCGGCUCAAGUCUUGUCGAGCUAA